AUGGAGAUCCCAGUGAUCAAUAGAAUAAGCGAUUUCGAGACAGGCAUAACCUCUCUGCAAAACCCAACUUAUCUUUCCCAGAUUGUUGCGCUAUCCGGAGUAGAAAAAAUUCACCAAGCAUACAGGUUUUGGAAAUGGGGCGCUCUCAUUCUUGCCCUAGUCGCCUCUUUCACAACCAUAAUUAACAGAAUCAAGAUUCUCAUCAUCCGAUUCAAAAACCACCCCUUCAUCUCUUCAUCAUCUCUUAUUGCCAAUCAAGAAGAUUAUGAUGACGAAAGUGAAACAGACUUAUCUUGCUCGUCAUCAAUAUCCUUAUCAGACGACGAACAGGAAGAAGAGUCCCCAUCAACUUCACGAAGCUGGUGGUCUAUUAAUGAUCAUGAUCAAGAUUUCUGUGUUAGAGGUUCUGGGAAUUGUUACAUUGAUGACCAAUGGCAAAACGGUAAUUUUAGGCUCCGGAGACGACUAAACAGCAGCAUUGGAGACUUUUUUUCGUUGUCUGAUUUCACAAAUGGGAAAAACGUGGUAAAGCUCUGGGAUAAUUUGGGGUUAGGCCUUGGAUUAAACCUUAACAAUAGCAGCGAUUCAAGGAGUGCAGCCGUUUCUUUUUAUGAUAUUAAUGAGGAGCAGAAUAUAUGUUCCAUUCUUGGAAGCAAAAGUGAUAAUUUCGCCGCUGUUUCCGCGUCUCCUUCGGUGGUUGUCUCGGCCGAGACAAAUUUAUCAGGUCAUUCAUCAUUAAGUUUAUGGGACACCCGUGUUGGAUUCCGGAUGCCGGAGAUUUUUGCAGAGUUGAGGCCUAUGUUGGGGAAGAUAGUCGGGGUCAGUGGCGUAGAGAAAGUUUAUGUCAGAGAUGAUGUCGCUGGUAAGUUAACGGUGGGUGAUAUGAGAAAAGUCAGUUCGCCGUUAGUCAAUGUGACGGAGUCUGAUGUAGAUACUUGGUGGGAUGCUGAUGCCGUUAUUGUUGACGAUGAAUGUGAAAAGUCAGUUUGA